UUUUAAAUAUAAAUAGCAUCAAAUUCUAAAGUUAUAGAAUUUGUGCGUGUAUCUUGUGAGUGUCUGAAGGAAGGACACUGAUUAGAGGUUAUAUUAAUAGGCUAAUAGCUAUACUAGAAUAAAGAGGAGACACAAAUAUGGCGCAACGCAACAAUGCACGCAUCGAUCGUUUUGCUCAGAUGACAAAGCAGGAGGAGAUAAUAGCAAAGAAGCGACAGGAAAUUUUGGAGAAACAAAGAACAGCGCAACUGGCUAAAGCAGUGGCAGCAGCACAGACUUUAGCUGCAAAAAUGAAGUCGGACGUUAAUGGCACUGAAACCCCUGAAGUAAUAAAUGAGACGAGUGCGGAUACUAAAAAGGAUGACACUUCACUACCAACGUUAAUCACUACUGAGUUGACACCUAAAGAAAAGCCAUCCCCUAGUGAUAAAAGUGAUUCGUUGGUAAAAAGUAAAAAGGAGGAAAUAGCGGACACACCUACCGCAAAAUCGUUGAAUAGUUUCACCGGAAAAACUGGAAAAAUCUCAUUUGGUUUAAAACGUUUACAGGCGCCGGUUACUGAACAACCACCACCAAAAGUUGUUAAUUCUUUUUGUAAUGAUGGGUCAUUUUUGGAAAACUUCAAAAAAAUUUUAGAGAAACAUGAGCCAAAGCAAACACAGGCUAUAUCAGCGCCAGAUUCAAAUGCAGAUUCUGCAGUAUCUGAUCAGCCGUCUGCAUCUCAGUCUACCGAAGACAGUGUAGUGGAAUCGAAUAGGUCAAUAGACUCGACUGUGCAAGGUCAGCACCACAUUUUGCAAGCACCUCAACAACAAACGAUUUCACAACCAACUAUUCAGCAAUCUCUGUCGCAUCCAAUUGUAGCGUCGAUGACUCCAGCACCAAUGCAGCAUCAACACUCGGUACCCUUGCCACCACAGCAGCUUAUGCGGUCAUUACAACCGCCGCAACAAACUCAGCUUCAGCAACUACCAACGCUACAACAUCAGCCACAGACAGCAAUCCAGCAACAGUCACCUCAAGGAAGUCUUUUGCACCCACCACCACCAGCACAACCACAAUUUCUUUUUAAUCAUCCACCACAACCGCCGCCUGUGCCACCGCCCCAUCCUAUGCCGGGAGCAUUUUUUGCGGCCGCACCGCCUCCACCUCCUCCACCUCAGCUGCCCAUGGCUUUAACGUUGGGACCACUCUAUAUGAUACCGGCGCCUGAGCCCAUGCAACUGAAUACUAUACCGGCGCCUAAGGAAUUUGAUUUGAAUGCCAUACCGAAUCCACAGAUGAACGUGGAGGCAAUUCAAAUGCCACAUGGUAUACAACAAAGGCAUCAUCAGGUAUUGCAAGCACAACAAUCACAACAGCCACAACAAUCGCAACAGCUACAACAACACGAUCAAAUCCAAUCACAUCAACAAUUGCAACAGAUGCAAAAACCAUUAAGUGACCAUACAAAACCACCACCGCCACCUCCGCAACUACCGCAACUACCGCCACAGUUGCAACAAUUGCAAGAUCAAUUGCCGGCACUAUUACAACAUCCACAGCAAUUUUCAGCCAACCAUCAGCAGCAACCACCACAACAGCAACAACUAUCACAGCAAACACCGCCACCACCUCCGCCGCCGCAACAACAACAAGUCGAAGAUCAAAGCAGUCCCACUCUAAAUGCAGUUUUUUCAGACAACAAUGACCACAGUUGCUCGCGCAUACAGUUACCAACAACUGUUGAACACUUAAUCGAGUUGGUUGGCGAAAAUGGGGAUGGUUAUGAAGAUAAAAUACGUUCGUAUAAAAACGAACUGCAUCCGGCAUUGUGGUUUCUGUUUGAAAAAAAUUGCGAGCAAUAUCAAAAUUACCGGCAACAAUUGAAUGGACAUCGUUGCCGCACGCAACACGAUCAACAGGUGCAACAGCAAAGUCAACAGCAGUGUAAAUCGCCAACGCACCAGCAAAGGCAAAAUCAGCUGCUAACGCGCUCGGAGAAUCACAAUCCGGUUGAAGUGGAUGAGGAUUCUAGCGACAGUGGCGAGCUACAAGAGCAUCAACAAGAGGCGCUCUACCGCUACCAUCAGAAGCAAAGACAACUGCAACAACAGCGUGAACAAUCAUCGCCGCAAGAUGAAAAUCAACAUGAUGCAGCUGACAAAUAUGACCCAGAGUCGGCAAUAAGCGGUGAUGUGGACUCUGAUGACGAAUAUAUGCGCGGUAUGUUGGAUCGCAAUCGUGAUAACUUAAAGCGUCGCAUAGAGUGCCGCAAUGAGUUGAGCGAAGAAGAGCGCCAAGAACGCGAGGCUGAGGCCGAGUUGGAGGAGCAACGUCGGCUAGAACGCAAGAAACAGCGUAAAAGUCGCUGGGGCGAAAAAGUGCUGGCGUCUACCAGUGCCGGUGCCGCAUCAGAUACAUUGCCAAGUGAGCAAAAUGUACCUACUUCGUUCGCCAAUCAAAAUAAACCGAUGCUAAGCGCCAUAACACGCAAUGAUCCAGCAUUGCUGCAAUAUGCGCGCCUUAAUUAUGGUUCCACUAAUCUAAGCGAAGAGGACUGGAAGAAGUGCGAAGAGCACUAUAAAGUGAAUCUGUUGUAUCAGGACAUGAUGAGAAAACGACAAGAAAUCGAUCGACUCGCACGCAGCGGUAAAUUCAAAUAUGAAUACGACUCAGAUGAGGACGUCGAUGGUGGCACAUGGGAGCAUAAACUACGUUGCGCUGAGAUGGAAGCCACCAAAUUAUGGGCAACAGCAUUGACGAAACAAAGUGAGGGCAAACAUCACAUCGGUGACUUUUUGCCACCCGAAGAGUUAAAGAAGUUCAUGGAACAAUAUGAAGCGAAGAAGAGUAACCGUCAACCCGAUUUGAGCGAUUACAAAGAGUACAAAUUGAAGGAGGACAAUAUUGGUUUUCAAAUGUUACAAAAAUUAGGCUGGAAAGAGGGACAAGGUUUGGGCACAGAUGGCGGCGGUAUAGUUGAUCCAGUUAAUAAGGCACCACAAAGGGACGGUAACCAAGGUCUGGGUGUGGCCAGCGCCGCUACGCCUGAGGAUUGCGACAAUGAGUAUGAUGCCUACCGUAAACGCAUGAUGUUAGCUUAUCGUUUUCGACCCAAUCCACUGAAUAAUCCACGUCGCGCUUACUAUUAAGCGGAAGUGCGGACAUAUUAUUCGCAAAGGAUUAUGGAAAAACUAAAAUUUUUGAGUCUUAAUGCGAUGUAAUGCCCCUACAAAUAUCUAUUAAUAUUUAUGUACAAUUACAUAUUAACUAUGACUUAAAAUAUCCUUUAAUCCAACAAGUUCUCUAUAAAACCACAAAGUGUAAAACAAUUAUUCAUGCAUUAAAUACGAAGUAAUCAAAGAAUA